CGACUGACAAUUGUGUCACCUAUCCCUCCCCAAUCUCCAGUCAUUCCACCGUAAUUUUUCAUUCACAUUCAGUCCUACGAUCAGUUUAAAUUCAUCUCAAUAUCUCGAGACAUAAAAAUCCAUUCACAAGACCGUCAUUGCGACAUCAGUACUCAACGGAUUUCCAAUCCCUCGGACAAUAAAAAAAAAUCUUCUCACCGCCAUUUUGGAUUCAUUGAGUGCAAUAUCGUGCGCAGAGUCCGAUGACAUUUGCGUGCCAAUGAAAAUAAAAACAGUUUUCCUGGAAUAAUAACAGUGCAGGGGCUUCAAAGUGCAUUAGAAAGGAUUUUUCAUUGAAUUUAACGAAUCGAAUGAGUAACGAUCUCCAGUUUGGAGUUGUUUUCUCCAUUGUUGUAGGUGUAAUGAGAGAGUAAACAAUUGUCUGUGACGUGUCCUGGGAGUUUUUUUUAUUUCAUAAUUGCGAGUGGGAUGAUAUUUAUUAGAGGGCUUUGAGGGGGGAUUGACAAUCCUUCAAUCUUAAUAUCAUCGUUGGUCAUUGAAGGGGGUUAGGAAAAAGUUCAGUUCGUAACGGCGUCCACACCCGUUGGAAAUAACCAAAACCAUCAACAAUGGGUAUGUGUAACGACUGCAUGUCCAGGGUGCCUUAUGCCACCCUGAUUGCCACGAUAAUGUGCUGUCUGGGUGUGGGAGUUUUCUGUUUCUCAAUGUACAGAGGUGCUACACUCACUGCAAUCCUGAUGGAACAAGUGUUUUAUCUUCAUCUGAGCUGGCUGGAAGCCCUGCAGUUGAUUUUUGCAACACUCGGUGCAUGUAUGGCAGCUCUUGGGUUCAUGAUCCUUUGUGUGGGAUGUCUGGCCACUGGUGCUACCAGGCACAAAGUUUAUCGAGCCUGGAGAGCCAGGGUUGGAGGCAGAAUCACUUGCGCUGUGUUUAUGACGAUUACGUACGUCCUGACCCUCGGAUGGCUCUUGAUCUUGGCAUUUUUGGUCAUCACCACUUUGAUCUUCACGAUCUUCUGGGGAUUGUGUGCGAAUCCUCGUAUACAGUCUGCAGCUGAUUGCAUAAAUUUCACUCAAUUCGCAUUCAUGUUUCCCAGUAACAUGAGGGAUGAAGAUCUAAAAAUAUGUGGACCAAAGGAGAUAAAAGAUUUCUGCAAGGAUGGCGUUGAAAAGGCAGAGGGGAUGUUUAUCAUGGCCACAGCAGCAUCGAUGCUUGUGAUUCUCAGUCUUGUUCACUACCUGAUGUGUCUCUCAGCCAACUACGCCCACAUCCGUGAUCACGAGAAAUUCCAGGAGCUCCAGGAGCUCCAGUACCUCCAGGACCCUGGCGAUGGGGAAUCGCCACAGCACGGCAUGGGUACGCUAACCCAUCAUCGUAGUAAAGAUAGAUUCUAGGAUACAGCCCGCGAGAUCUUCGCCUUGAGCCCCAUUUGAAGUCUCCCAAAUUUCUUUUCAUUUCUUUAGAUUACUUGGGGGAGAUAAAUGAAUCUCUUUUGUCGUACAACAUCAAUCGUUCUUCGGGUAAUUCCUUGUCGUUAUAGAUUAGGUGCCUAGAUAUGACUAACAAAAAAAAUCGAAUUUGGAGUGAAAAAUAUUUCAAUUCACACAACAAAGGAAAAUUUGUUUUAUUUUUUAUUGGAAAAUUCAAAUAUUUUUGCACUCCAGUUCAGCUUUUGGAGGAGAAUUUAAUGUAGAAAAUAUCAUUUUCAUCAGUUGGGGAUCCAUCGACCGGAAGAUCUUGCGGGAAAGACGAUGAAUAUUGAGGAAACCCGUCAAGAGGUAAAAUGUCGACUCAAGAUUCGCACGAUCAUUAAUCUAUUAAUAUUGAAUAAUUUUUUGUAGAAAUAAUUAAUAAUCCAGGGACUCAAAAAUAAAAAAUCGUCAGUAUUUAAAACAAAUCGACGAAGAAGAGUAAAAUAAAUUUUGUUAUGAAAUCACGUGUGCAGAGAUAUAACACGUCCUAUAUAACGAGAAGUGAAAGUUGAGUCACAUUUUAUCACUUGACUGUCAAAAUUAUUUUCGAAAGUCUCACGUGACAAUCAAACAUAUCUUCCAGUUGCAUUUUUUUUUCGUUCAAUUAUCUCCAGUUCACGUGAGAGAUACGGUUGUGCAUGCAAUGAGGUUUAUUUAAUCUUAAGCUUCGCCUAAUUUAUCUAAUUUUACGCCCAAAAAUGCACAAACUUAUUCCACGGCCUCGCACUAUAGUAUAUAUUCGUUGCUAGGUCGUUAGGAAUAUUUUUGGCGAUUGAGAGUUCACAGUCCGAAUGCGAACAGAAUCGUCGAAAAAGUUCCUUUCGACCGAGCGAUAAAAUCAUAUUCAUUAAGUAUUAUCACGAAUUCAUAUUUUUGUACUCGCAAUAAUUUUUGCUCAUUUGAGAUUCGGUAUGAUUAUUCAUUUGUUGCACAAAGUGUGUUCAUUUAUAUUUUUUAUUAAAAAAGUAGAGGUAAUUGCAGGCGCUAUUUUGAGGGGAGAAUUCGAUUGCAAUAAUCAAAAUACCGGUCUGGUGUAUCCAUUGCAUUUUUAAUCAUACUCCUUCUAGGAUAACUAACAAACAACAACAUUGUCUAAAAUAAGUACAAAUUUAUCUGAAACACACAAUAUCUCGAAGGCCAAUUUGAUACAACAAUCAAUUAUUCAUAAUUCGGCGAUAAUUUUUGUUUUUGUAUGCAAUUUUUCUAAUAAUAUAUUCUCCACUUUAUUAGAGAGUGACAGGUUAAUUGAGAUCGUAAAUUCAAUGGUUGAGUGGUGAAGGAUUUUAAGAAAAACUUGGAGAUGAUUUUGAAGAUAAAUUCUUCCUGAAGGCAAGAGGUUUAGGGACAAGUUGCCACUAGACUUUUCGUUGAGAAAAUUCUACGAUCUUCUGAGAAAAAAAUCAUGACAUUUUUUUUCUGUACCUCUACCUUCCACAAUUACUCAAAUACUUGUCUGAUUUUUCACCACUUCCUUGUGACAUUCAUUCCCUCCAUUUUUUAUGCUUUUUUUCUAUUAUUUUUUCAUUAAUAAACAAGUUAGCAAUUCACGAUUGGAGAAUUAGAUGAGUGAUAAAAGAAAUGAGUGGUGAAGUGUUGAAAUAGUUCAAAUCGAAUUCAGUACAAAAUAUUUUUCAACUUAAUAAUUAUUUCCGGAACAAAUUACUCUGACGUGCAAGAAAAAAAAAAUUCGUUGAUUAUUUUAAUUUUCUUGAGAUGAGGCCUGCAUUACAGAGAAUUUUAUAAUCUAGAAUAACUCAAGUCUUAUUUAUAUCUCGAGUCGAUUCAACACUUCCCCACAAAAUAUAUUGCUCCACUCGUGCAGUUUUAUUUGCAAAAAGAAUAAUUACAACUGCCGUGCCAAAUUCAUCGAAGGUGAAGACAAAAUUGAGGAGCUUAAAAAUGAAAAUGUAUAGCAGCAAAGGUUGAAGGAACAUUCUAAGACAUACGUCCAUAUAGAAAGUAUUAUAUCUUUUUCCGUUCUCAUCCGCUCAAAAUACAAUUUUUCAAUAAAAAAGUUAUAAAGACAAAUUAUAAAUGCAACUCUAUAUACAUUAUAUAGAUAUUUAAUGAGGAAUAUAUUAUUGCUUUGUCGACUGUCUUUGGUAAUCUGCAGUAUUCAGUGAAAAUAUCAAUGUUAGAUGAUUUGAAUUAUCAUUAACAAAUAUUCCAUCUACAUAUCAAAAAGACAGCCAAAAUCAUUCAUCACUUGGUACUAAAAAUUAGAACAAGUUUCAAAUAUCUGUGUUGAUUCUAAUUACCUAGAUGACAUCUACAAAGUAAAUUGUAUAAUAUAAAGAGAGAGAUUAUCCAAUUAUCGUUCGUAACCUGAGAUUUAAUGUUUAUUCACCUGAAUCGCUAUUUGUGUUUGCGUUCAGGUAUGUAUUGUAAUCUUCGAUUUCAGAAUGAGGUAAUAAAGAAAAAUUGCCAAACAGA